AUGAUGGCUAAUCCUGCUGUGAUCAUAGACAAUGGAUCUGGGCUCUGUAAGUCUGGGAUAGUUGGUGACAGCAUCCCUACAUCAGUCAUACCGUCUGUUGUGGGCUGCUCCAAAACUACAAAGGGACCACGUAGUGCCAACCUAAAAGACUAUUAUGUUGGAAAAGCAGCCCAAGCCAGGAGAGAAGUCUUGAGUUUGAAGUAUCCAAUUGAACGUGGCAUGGUAACCUCUUGGGAGGAAAUGGAGAUGAUCUGGAGAUACAUCUACGGCUUUGAACUGCGCGUGAAAUCCAAAGAGCGGCCGAUUUUGCUGACUGCUGCCCCAUUGACUCCUUUCUUUAAUAGGGAAAGGAUGGCUGAAAUCAUGUUUGAAGGCUUUUCCGUACCCGCAAUGUUUGUAGCUAUUCCAGCUACAUUAGCACUUUACACAUCAGGUCGUACUCGAGGAGUGGUCUUGGACAGUGGAUACGGAAUAACUGAUGCUGUGCCCAUCUAUGAAGGGUACUACCUCCCCGAUGCUGUACAAAGACUUAAUCUGGCAGGAAGUGAUAUCACUACAAGUCUUUGGAGAUUCAUGUUGGAGAAUGGCCGCUCUUUUGCUGAAAAGAUGGAAACAGAUGUUAUCCAGGACAUCAAGGAAAAACUGUGCUAUGUUUCCCUUGAUUCCAAAGUGGAGAGCAAUAAACCAGUAGAAGAAAUACAACGUGAGUACAGGUUGCCAGAUGGUACACAGAUUAUGAUCUCAAAUGAGCUUUUCAGAGCACCAGAGUUGCUUUUUACACCCGAGAACACAGGAUUAAAAGAUACUGGAGUUCACAAGCUAUUGUUAAACAGUAUUGCAAAAUGUGAAGAAAGACUGCAUAAAGAACUAUACAGCAAUAUGUUGCUAUGUGGUGGCUCAACCCUUUUCCCAGGAAUGGAGGAACGGUUGCUCAAGGAGAUCAAGCUACAUACACCCAGUGGAGUUCCAGUCAAAGUCAUUGCUCCACCAGAAAGGAACUAUUCUGUUUGGAUGGGAGCCUCGAUCUUAACAAGUUUGGCAUCCUUUAAACAUAUGUGGAUUACUCUCAAUGAUUACAAUGACUUUGGGCCAUCUGUAGUGAACAAGAGAUGUUUUUAA